AUGGCUUUGCUGUGUGGCCUUGGGAGCGGCGGCAUGGAGGCGCUCACCACUCAGCUGGGGCCGGGGCGUGAGGGAAGCUCUUCGCCCAACUCCAAACAGGAGCUGCAGCCCUACUCAGGCUCCAGCGCGCUCAAACCCAAUCAGGUGGGCGAGACGUCGCUGUACGGGGUACCGAUCGUGUCUCUGGUCAUCGACGGUCAGGAGCGCCUGUGCCUGGCGCAGAUCUCCAACACCCUCCUCAAGAACUACAGUUACAAUGAGAUCCACAACCGCCGCGUGGCCCUGGGCAUCACGUGCGUGCAGUGCACGCCGGUGCAGCUGGAGAUUCUACGUCGGGCAGGCGCCAUGCCCAUCUCCUCGCGCCGCUGUGGCAUGAUCACGAAGCGCGAGGCCGAGCGCCUGUGCAAGUCGUUCCUGGGCGAGCACAAGCCCCCCAAGCUGCCCGAGAACUUUGCCUUCGAUGUGGUGCACGAGUGCGCGUGGGGGUCGCGCGGCAGCUUCAUCCCGGCGCGCUACAACAGCUCGCGCGCCAAGUGCAUCAAGUGCGGCUACUGCAGCAUGUACUUCUCGCCCAACAAGUUCAUCUUCCACUCGCACCGCACGCCCGAGGCCAAGUACACGCAGCCCGACGCCGCCAACUUCAACUCGUGGCGCCGCCACCUCAAACUCAGCGACAAGUCGGCCACCGACGAACUGAGCCACGCCUGGGAGGACGUCAAGGCCAUGUUUAACGGUGGCACGCGCAAGAGGACCUUCUCUUUGCAGGGCGGCGGCGGCGCGGGCGGCACCAGCGGCAGCUCGGGCGCGCCGGGCAAGGGCGGCGCGGGCGGCGGCGGCGCGGGCGGCCCCGGGUGCGGCGCUGAGCUGGCCCCGGGCCCGCCGCCCCAUAAAAGCCUGCGCUGCGCCGAGGACGAGGCGGCCGGGCCUCCCGGGCCGCCGCCGCCGCAUCCACCGCGGGGACUCGGGCUGGCGGCCGGAGCCGGUGGCCCCGCGGGCCCGGGAGGGCCCGGCGGCGGCGCGGGCGUGCGCAGUUACCCGGUCAUCCCGGUGCCCAGCAAGGGCUUCGGCCUCCUGCAGAAGCUGCCGCCGCCGCUCUUCCCGCACCCCUACGGCUUCCCCACGGCCUUCGGCCUCUGCCCCAAGAAGGACGACCCGGUGCUGGGUGCGGGCGAGCCCAAGACCGGCCCGGGCACCGCUAGCGGCGCGGGCGCGGGCGCUGGCAGCGGCGCAGGCGGCCCCGGCGCGGGCCACUUGCCUCCGGGGGCCGGAGCCGGACCCGGCGGCGGCGCCAUGUUCUGGGGUCACCAGCCCUCCGGGGCAGCCAAAGACGCGGCCGCCGUGGCCGCCGCGGCCGCGGCCGCCACCGUGUACCCGACGUUCCCCAUGUUCUGGCCGGCGGCGGGCACCCUCCCCGUGCCGCCCUAUCCCGCCGCGCAGAGCCAAGCCAAGGCCGUGGCGGCGGCCGUGGCGGCGGCCGCGGCGGCAGCAGCGGCGGCGGCCGGGGGAGGAGGCCCCGAGGCCCUGGACGGCUCCGAGCCGGCCAAGGAGGGCGGCCUGGGCGCCGAGGAGCGCUGCCCGAGCGCGCUGUCCCGCGGGCCGCUGGACGAGGACGGCGGGGAGGAGGCGCUGCCGCCCGCCCUGGCCCCGCUGCCCCCGCCGCCGCCGCCGCCGCCUGCGCGCAAAGGCUCGUACGUGUCGGCCUUCAGGCCGGUGGUCAAGGACGCCGAGAGCAUCGCCAAGCUCUACGGGAGCGCGCGCGACGCCUACGGUGCGGGGCCUGCGCGCGGCCCGGGGCCUGGCGCGGGAGCCGGGGGCGGCUACGUGAGCCCGGACUUCCUGAGCGAGGGCAGCUCCAGCUACCACUCCGCCUCGCCCGACGUGGACACUGCCGACGAGCCCGAGGUGGACGUGGAGUCCAACCGCUUCCCCGACGAGGAGAGCGCCCAGGACGAGGCCGAGCCCGGCGCGCCCGGUCCGGCCGGCGGCGCGGACGGCGACCAGGCCGCAGGACCCCCGUCCGCCGCGUCGUCGGGCGUCGUGGACGGCCCCACGGACUCGCCCGACGGCGGCAGCCCUCGCCCCCGACGCCGCCCCGGGCUCGCCCCCGCCGGCCGUUCGGCCUUUGCGGAUCUGGCGGCCGACGACGUGGUGCGGAGACCAGAGAGGAGCCCGCCGAGCGGCUGCUACGAGCUGCGGGAGCCUUGCGGGCCUCUGGGGGGCUCCGCGCCGGCCAAGGUGUACGCGCCCGAGCGGGACGAGCACGUGAAGAGCGCGGCCACCGCGCUGGGGCCCGCGGUCUCCUACCUCUGCACCCCUGAGGCCCACGAGCCAGAUAAGGAAGACAAUCACUCGACCGCCGAUGAUUUGGAAACCAGGAAAUCCUACCCAGACCAAAGGAGUAUCUCGCAACCAAGCCCCGCAAAUACCGACCGAGGUGAAGAUGGGCUCACCCUGGAUGUCACAGGAACGCAGCUAGUGGAGAAAGAUAUCGAGAACCUGGCCAGAGAUGAAUUGCAAAAACUGCUCCUGGAGCAAAUGGAGCUCCGCAAGAAGCUGGAGCGGGAAUUUCAGAGUCUCAAAGAUAAUUUUCAGGAUCAAAUGAAGAGGGAAUUGGCUUAUCGAGAAGAAAUGGUACAACAGCUGCAAAUUGUCAGAGACACUCUGUGCAAUGAACUGGACCAGGAGAGGAAGGCGCGCUACGCCAUCCAGCAGAAGUUAAAAGAAGCCCACGACGCGCUGCAUCAUUUCUCCUGCAAGAUGCUGACGCCCCGCCACUGCACCGGCAGCUGCUCCUUCAAGCCCCCGCUGUUGCCCUAGAGCCGGCUCGGCCGAGCCCACGCGCCCUCAAGCCAUGCUGCUGUCUCGUUGUAAAUACCCGCGGCCGGGGCGGCCCCGAGCGAGCGAGCGAGCGAGGAACAAGCCAUUCGGACCCGACCCUGUACAGAGAGCCGCGCGCCGCGGGCGCCUCGGCCCGGCCCGCCCCUGCCCGCCCCCUGCCGGGCGCUCGGCCCUGGGCCCCGGUUUUCGUUUCCAAAUGUAAAUAGCACUU